UUGGAAUUCCCUCUCAUUGGUUUAAAUCGGACUACGACGUUACUUGAAUCAAAAAUAUAAGUUCAAUAGUUUGAAUGAAAUUGAAAUGUAUAAGUGCCCAUAAUAUGUUUUUAAACUUGAUCCUCAGCUGCCAACUGCCAGCCAACAACAACAGAACAGAUUGGAGUGAGUAAAAGUAACCACCGCCAGUUCCGACAAUCCAAAAAGUCCAGAACGAAAGGUCGCAUUCAUCCGCAUUCGGCGUUCGCAUUCCAUAAAGACCUUUCACAAACGCUACGUACCACCAAAGUCUCAAUCUUUCAACUUUCGCCUUCAAUCCGCGCAAAACGAAAUCUCUCUUUUGACUGUUUUACCACCAUCUCCGGCGAAACCCGUUUGCCUGCGGCACCGCGAAGUGAUUUCCGGCGAGUAGGGUCGACAAUGGCUGUGGAGGCUGAGAAAUCUGGGCCUGACGGGAAGCUUUGGAGUCUGUUCAAAAUACCGUUUUGGCAGUCCGGAAACGCCUCUUCGUCUUCCUCUUCGUCAUCGUCCUCGUCCUUGUCUUCUAUGCAUCAUAAUGUUCACCACCAGCUGGGUCACGAGUCUGCGGCUGAGCGUACGGCUCUUCAUUCUGCCAGUACGGUGUCGUAUGUGACGAAGUCUUUGCUUCCUGCUCGGAGAAGGCUGCGUCUUGAUCCUCCAAAUAAGCUAUUUUUUCCAUGUUUGCCCCUUUUACUUGUCUAUAUAGUUAUCUUUGUUCUUAUGUAAUAAUUCUGAUCUAGGUUUUUGUUUUUUUUAGAUUGUGUAAUUGGUUGCAUGCAUGAUAUGUCUGUUUGUGAGCUUAGAUUGGUGCUUUGCUAAUAUAAAUGCUUACAAAAAGCCACAUUCUUUGUUCUUUGAUUUGCUUAAGUUUCAUGAUUUGUUGAUUUCAUGAGUUAGACUAUAAAUGACUUGGGACCGUUUGGGAUUUGCUUAUAUGAGAAAUACUUGUGCUUAUAAGCACUUUUCUAGAAGUGAUUUUGUUUUAAACUCGUAGAACAACUUCGAAGUUUUUUGCCAAAAGUAGUCAGAAAUGUUUUAAUUGUCACAAAACACUUUUAACCCUUCAAAAAUCAGUUCCAAACAAGCCUUACAGUAAUUCCAAAUGUUUAUUGCUGAUAUGGUCAAUUCUUAUUGGGGUCUCUAUCUAUGUCUCAUAUGCUCUCUUCUUUGGCUUGUUUCUGUUGCAUGAUGUAUCCAUCUGUGUGGUUGGGAGUGGAUGCAUUUAAUCUGAUCUGGCCUCUUCUCACAUUAUUAGCUUCACCUAGGAUUUCUUAUGAACCUGGUAAACAGGUCAGGAGUGCAAUUGGAAUAAAGAACACAAGCAAAACUAUUGUAGCUUUCAAGUUCCAAACAACUGCACCAAAGAGUUGUUACAUGCGUCCUCCUGGGGGUAUACUUGCUCCUGGUGAAGGUCUUAUUGCAACUGUUUUCAAGUUUGUGGAACCUCCUGAGAACGAUGAGAAACCAGCUGUAGACCAGAAGAGCAGGGUUAAGUUCAAGAUCAUGAGCUUAAAAGUGAAAGGAGAUAUGGACUAUGUGCCAGAACUGUUUGAUGAGCAGAGGGACCAAGUCGUGGUUGAGCACGUUUUGCGUGUUGUUUUUCUUGACCCUGAGCGCCCUACCCCUGCAAUGGAAAAACUUGAGCGGCAAUUGGCCGAGGCUGAGGCUGCCCUUGAAUCACGAAAAAAGCCUCCAGAAGAAGCAGGUCCCCGGAUUGUAGGGGAAGGACUUGUCAUAGAUGAAUGGAAAGAGCGCAGGGAAAGAUACCUAGCGCAGCAGCAGGUUGAAGGGGUUGAUUCAGUGUAGAGUUGUGUCCCCUUUUGUUUAGACCAUUUCUUUCUAUAGUGUGGAAGUUUCAAUUAAUAUGUGAAAUUGAAUGAUCGGCUUAUUCAUGUAUGGGAGAAAUUUGAAUCUCCAUCUCCAA